AUGGAACCCAACACGAACCCGCCUAAUGACAAGAAAUCUGUAUUUGCGCCGCAUGCGAGCAACGAGCCCCGACUGCCUGUCAGCGCACGCGAUACUGAGAAUGAAGACCUGGCACAAAAGAGCAAGUGGCAGGACAUGUGGAAGUCCUUUGAGAGACAGCUUGUCGCGUACAACCUUGAGGCGCGCGGCAUAGAACGCGUCGAGCCAGAGGAGCGACAGGAUUUGCGUCUGCUUGGCUACUCCCAAGUGGCCAUAAUGUGGUUCAGCGUCAAUCUUGCGGCGAACAACAUCACGCUGGGCAUGCUCGGUCCUGCUGUCUUUGCCCUUGGUUUCCUCGAUGCUUGUUUGCUCGGCGUUUUCGGCGCAUUCGUUGGCUGUCUAGUGGUGGCUUACAUCGCGACGUUUGGCCCAAAGGGUGGGAAUCGGACUAUGAUCUUUUCACGAUACGUCACGGGCUGGUGGCCAUCCAAGGUCGUUGUCUUGCUCAACAUCAUCGUCCUGCUCGGCUACGGCAUGAUCGACUGUGUAGUCGCCGGACAGAUUCUUUCCGCUGUCUCGGACAACUCCAUGUCCGUCGUAGUCGGCAUCAUUAUUGUAGCCAUCAUCGCGUGGGCUAUUACUACCUUUGGCUACCAGAUCUUUCACUAUUAUGAGCGCUGGGCUUGGCUACCACAGCUGAUUGUGCUCUGCAUCCUAGCUGGCCUUGCUGGUCCGCAAUUUAAUAUUUCCUCUGAGUCUCACGGAGAUGAAGACCCAGACACUAUCAUUGGCAAUCGCAUCAGCUUCUUCGGCUUGACGCUCGCCGCAGCUAUCACAUACGGUGGCGGAGCAGCCGACUACUUCGUCUACUACCCGGAACACGCAUCGUCAUUCAAAAUAUUUGGCAUGACCAUGCUAGGUCUAAUGUGCAGUUUCACCUUCGCCUUCAUCUUGGGUAUCGGCCUCGCAUGCGGUAUGCUGACCAACACGGAGUGGGAAGCAGCGUACGGAAUAUCGCAAGGCGCUCUCAUAGUCGAAGCGUACAAACCGCUAGGCGCGUUCGGUUCCUUCUGCGGCGUGGUGGUUGCCUUGGGUCUUGUCGCCAACCUCAUUGUCCCUACGUACUCUUCCGGGAUUGAUGCGCAGAUACUGGGACGUUAUGCGGGUGCUGUACCAAGAGUGAUAUGGAAUACCGUUGGUGUAGUCAUCUAUACAGUCUGCGCAUUAGCCGGACGCGCACAUCUUGCUGAGAUUUUCACCAACUUUCUAGCUCUCAUGGGCUAUUGGGUCUCUGUCUGGAUCGCGGUUAUCCUGGAAGAGCACUUGGUCUUCCGUCGCAAGACCGGCUUCAACUGGCAAGUCUGGAAUCAGAAGAAAAAGCUACCACUCGGUAUCGCCGCUUUUACAGCGUUCGUUAUUGGUUGGAUCGGGGCAAUCAUGUGUAUGGCUCAGGUUUGGUACAUUGGACCAAUCGCUAAACAGGUUGGAACUUACGGAGCCGAUAUGGGCAACUUUGUCGGUUUCGCGUGGGCUGCAAUUGUCUAUCCUCCUUUGAGAGCAUGGGAAUUGAAGCGAUUUGGUCGGUGA